AUGGCGUUACCACCGGCAAUUCGCCUGAUGGCGAUUGGCACCAUGGUUGUGUUCUGCUAUCUCUGCGUCCAGAUCUUCCGAGCGCCGUCAAGCCUCUCCGCAGGCGGCAAGGAUGUCGUCAAGUUCAGCGACAUGCCUAGGGAUCCCAACCUUGAUCAGCCGCCGGAACCGCUUCACCGAGUCUCUGGCAACAACUAUGCCCCCGACAACGCAAACUCGAAUCGCAUCAAUGCUACUAUCCUGUCACUUGUGCGCAAUGAAGAGUUGGAAGGAAUCCUACAGUCUAUGCGCGACCUGGAACGUACCUGGAAUCACAAGUUCAACUAUCCCUGGACUUUCUUUAACGACGUUCCCUUCACCGAGGAGUUCAAGAAGGCCACACGUGCCAUGACAAAGGCCGAAGUACGCUACGAGCUCAUCCCCAAAGAACACUGGGAAGUGCCUAGCUGGAUCAACCAAGACCUGUUCCGCGAGAGUGCAGACGUCCUCAAGGAACACGAUGUCCAAUACUCCCACAUGCUGAGUUACCACCAAAUGUGCCGCUGGAACUCUGGCAUGUUCUACAAGCACCCCGCCCUCAAAGAUAUGCAAUAUUACUGGCGCGUCGAGCCAAAAGUCCACUUCUUCUGCGACGUCGACUACGAUGUCUUCCGCUUCAUGCAGGACCGCAACAAGACCUACGGCUUCACCAUCACCCUCUACGACUCUCCUCCCUCCAUCGCAACACUCUGGCCCGAAACCGUCAAAUUCCUAGCCACAAACGGUCACCACCAACAUCCCAACAACGCCAUGAAAUGGCUCACCGACAAGGAGCGCAGACCCAAACACAACGUCGACGCAAACGGCUACAGCACCUGCCACUUCUGGAGCAACUUUGAGAUUGCAGACAUGAACUUCUGGCGCUCCUCCGCCUAUGAAGAAUACUUUGAACAUCUCGAUCGUGCCGGUGGAUUCUUCUAUGAACGCUGGGGCGAUGCUCCUGUUCACAGUAUUGCUCUGGGUCUCUUCGAGGAUGCACAGAAGAUUCAUUGGUUCAAGGAUAUUGGCUAUCAACAUAUUCCUUUCUUCAACUGUCCUAACUCGCCGAAGUGUAGGGGCUGUAUCACUGGCCGCUUCACGGAUGGUGACAAGUGGCUGAAUGGAGAGGAUUGCCGUCCCAACUGGUUCAAAUAUGUGGGCAUGAGUCCUGAGUGGGCUGUUCAAAAGAAGAUUAGAAGAAUA